CACACACUUUCUUGUAAACCAAAUGAAGUCUUUUUCUUUGGUGUCAUCUACACUUUUAUACCUUCAUCUUCUUUUUCUUUUUACCUUGAAUUUAAUGCAGUUUGGCACAAACAAAAUGGUGGCAGUGGCUCAAUUAGGAAACCAAUCAGAUCAUUUGGCAUUGCUCAAAUUCAAAGAAUCAAUAUCAAGUGAUCCAUAUAAAGCUCUUGAGUCUUGGAAUUCUUCCAUCCACUUCUGCAAGUGGUAUGGAAUCACAUGCAACCCCAUGCAUCAAAGAGUUAUAGAGUUGGACCUAGGAAGUUAUCGCUUACAAGGACGUUUAUCCCCCCAUGUUGGCAAUCUCACUUUUCUGAUAAAACUCAAACUUGAAAACAACACAUUCUAUGGAGAAAUUCCACAAGAGUUGGGUCAGUUGCUACAAUUGCAACAACUUUUUCUUACUAAUAACUCUUUUGCAGGUGAAAUUCCUACAAACUUGACAUAUUGCUCAAAUCUGAAAGUCAUAACUUUGGCAGGGAACAAGUUGAUUGGCAAAAUACCAAUUGAAAUUGGCUAUUUGAAAAAACUUCAAUCAUUGAGUGUUUGGAAUAACAAUUUAACUGGAGGAAUCUCUUCAUCCAUAGGGAAUCUUUCAAGUUUAAUGCUUUUUUCGGUUCCUUCAAACAACUUAGAAGGGGAUAUUCCACAAGAAAUAUGUCGUCUAAAAAAUUUGAGAGGUUUAUAUAUGGGUGUAAACUAUUUGUCUGGUAUGGUUCCUUCUUGUAUUUACAAUAUGUCAUUACUGACUGAGCUUUCACUAGUCAUGAAUAACUUCAAUGGCUCUCUUCCAUUUAACAUGUUCCACAACCUACCCAAUCUAAUUAUUUUUGAAUUUGGAGUAAAUCAAUUCACAGGUCCAAUCCCUAUUUCCAUUGCAAAUGCUUCUGCCUUACAAUCACUUGAUUUAGGUGAUCAAAACAAUUUGGUUGGACAAGUUCCAAAUCUUGGGAAGUUACAGGAUCUUCAAAGAUUAAAUUUGCAGUCUAACAAUUUAGGUAACAAUUCAGCCAUAGAUUUAAUGUUUUUAAGAUAUUUGACAAAUUGUACUAAAUUAAAAUUGUUUUCGAUAGCUGGUAAUAAUUUCGGAGGUAAUUUUCCAAAUUCCAUAGGCAAUUUAUCAGCUGAACUUAAACAACUAUAUAUAGGGGAAAAUCAGAUAUCAGGAAAAAUUCCUGCAGAAUUAGGACAUCUAGUUGGCUUAAUUCUCUUGGCCAUGAAUUUUAACCAUUUUGAAGGAAUUAUUCCAACUACUUUUGGGAAGUUCCAAAAGAUGCAGGUGUUAAUUUUGAGUGGAAACAAGUUGUCAGGAGAUAUACCACCCUUUAUAGGAAAUCUUAGUCAAUUGUUUGAUUUGGAAUUAAAUUUUAAUAUGUUUCAAGGGAAUAUUCCUCCUACCAUAGGAAAUUGUCAAAAUUUACAAGUACUAGAUCUUUCUUAUAAUAAAUUUAAUGGAUCCAUACCUCUAGAGGUUUUUAGUCUUUCUUCUUUAUCAAACUUAUUGGACUUGUCACAUAACACUUUGAGUGGUAGCAUACCAAGAGAAGUGGGUAUGUUAAAAAAUAUUGACAUGCUAGAUCUAUCUGAGAAUCGUCUAUCUGGUGAUAUUCCUAGAACAAUUGGUGAAUGCACAACCUUAGAAUACCUUCAAUUGCAAGGGAACUCCUUCAGCGGAACAAUACCAUCCUCUAUGGCUUCUCUCAAAGGUCUUCAAAGUUUAGACCUUUCAAGAAAUCAAUUGUCUGGAUCAAUUCCUGAUGUUAUGAAGAGUAUCUCUGGUUUGGAAUACUUGAAUGUUUCUUUUAACUUAUUGGAAGGAGAGGUACCAACAAAUGGUGUAUUUGGAAAUGUAUCUCAAAUAGAAGUGAUUGGAAACAAAAAGCUUUGUGGAGGUAUUUCAGAGUUGCAUCUACCAUCAUGCCCUAUCAAGGAUAGUAAACAUGCAAAAAAACAUAAUUUCAAGUUGAUAGCAGUGAUAGUUAGCGUGAUUUCUUUUCUGCUCAUACUUUCAUUUGUUAUUUCUAUCUGCUGGAUGAGGAAGAGAAACCAAAACCCAUCCUUUGAUUCACCAACUAUUGAUCAACUAGCUAAGGUUUCAUAUCAAGACUUACACCGAGGAACCGAUGGGUUCUCAGAAAGAAACUUGAUCGGAUCAGGAAGUUUUGGUUCUGUGUACAAAGGAAAUCUUGUGACAGAAGACAAUGUUGUUGCCGUAAAGGUCUUGAACCUCAAAAAGAAGGGAGCUCACAAGAGUUUCAUUGUUGAAUGUAAUGCACUCAAAAAUAUUAGACACCGAAAUUUAGUUAAGAUUUUGACAUGUUGUUCUAGUACAGAUUACAAAGGUCAAACUUUUAAAGCUCUUGUUUUUGAUUACAUGAAAAAUGGAAGCUUAGAACAAUGGUUGCAUCUUGAGAUUUUAAAUGCAGAUCAUCCAAGAACAUUGGACCUUGGUCAUAGAUUAAACAUCAUGAACGAUGUCGCCACUGCAUUACAUUAUCUUCACCAAGAAUGUGAACAAUUGGUCCUUCAUUGUGAUCUAAAGCCAAGCAAUGUCCUUCUUGAUGAUGACAUGGUUGCUCAUGUGAGUGAUUUUGGCAUAGCAAGACUUGUCUCAGCCAUUGACGAUACCUCUCACAAGGAAACUAGUACAAUUGGAAUAAAAGGAACUGUUGGCUAUGCUCCUCCAGAGUAUGGAAUGGGUUCUGAAGUGUCAACAUCUGGUGACAUGUAUAGCUUUGGAAUCCUUAUGUUGGAAAUACUUACCGGUAGAAGACCCACUGAUGAAGUUUUUCAAGAUGGUCAAAAUCUACAUAACUUUGUAGCAACUUCGUUUCCUGGUAACAUUAUAGAGAUUUUGGACCCACAUCUUGAAGCAAGAGAUGUAGAAGUAACAAUACAAGAUGGAAACCGAGCGAUUCUAGUUCCUGGGGUAGAGGAAUCCUUAGUUUCACUUUUUAGAAUUGGACUUAUUUGUUCAAUGGAAUCACCGAAAGAAAGAAUGAAUAUUAUGGAUGUUAAUCAAGAGCUUAACACAAUCCGAAAGGCCUUUCUUGCUGGUUUUCGUACUCCUAAUAAUUAAGUUGAACAGCAUUUACAAGUCAUUAUGGAACGGGAGGUUUUGCAUGGUCCAACUGGAACAUGAGGCAAUGCUUAGUUUACUGGUUUGUUAUUCACUUAAUUCUGAAACAUUUGAUUCUGUGCAAUAGUUUUUGUAUAAGUAAACAAUAUUGUUUGUAUUGCUUUCUAAUUCAAUGAAGUGAGAAUCUAUAUAC